GUAUUUUUCACAUCAAAUACCAACAAAAACAAACACAAAAUCUUGCAGAAAGUUUGCAGCUUUAUUAACAAAUCAUCAUGAAACUUAUCAUUUUCACAUCAAACUUAUCAUUGUUGCUUUAAACUUGUAGUCAAAAACCCAUAAAUCAUCAAGCCUUAUGGUGAUUGCAUCACCUCAGCUUAUUUCCAUUGGUCCUUCUUCCUGCGGUUUUUGUCAUUCUGAAGGUGUUGGUUGCUCUACAUCUUAUGGAGUCACUAGCAAUUGGACGAGAUCUACAGAGAUCCCAAAAGCUUCGGAUAAUUUUGAAUCAAGAUUCAGAUACAAGAAUACGUUUCUUGGAGAUUCCCAAUUUAGUUGGUGGCAUAUUGGUCGUAAAAAUUGCAUGUCCAAAGUUUCAGUUGCUGCAGAUUAUCCAGAUUCAGUCCCGGAAUCAUCUAGUUAUGUCUCAAAGAAUGGAUAUCAUCCACUUGAAGAAGUCAAAAAUAAUAAAAGAGUUCGUGAAACUAAAUUGACUGGUGCAGAGAUUGCAAAAACGACUGUUGAGGCUAACAGCAGUGCCCUGUUGAUAUUCCCUGGUACUAUACACUCUGAACCACAUGAGCACAUCUCAUGGGCAGAAUAUCCGUAUGUAAUUGACGAUGGAGGAGAUAUAUACUUCCGAGUCCCUGAUGAUGCAAACAUCAUGCAAGAUCCUGAAGCAAGUAACCCAGUUAAUGUCUUAUUUGGAAUGGACCUGCCACUUUUUGAGAAUCAACUGUUAUCUGCUCCUGAGAGUCAUAUUUCUGAUAACUCUGUCGAUGACAUUCCUAUCUUUGAUGAUUACUAUGAGGAUGAGGGGCCUGACAUGUUGGGUAGCUUUAUGGAGUGGGGUAUACCGAUUGCUUCUGCUGGGGUACAUCCCAUUUAUUUUGCCAAGUGUUUGACAAAGGCCGCUAAUAUGGAGUAUUCUAGAAAGAUGGAUCAUCCCUCAAAUGGGGUUUCGAUUAUGGGAUGCCUCAGUCCUGCUUAUGUUGACGAAGAGUUAUAUCUACGGAGGCUCUUCAGUGAUGCAGAUGGUGAUGACUAUGACCACAACUGGAAAGAUGAAGAAUCAAGCUACGAUGCCUCAGUUUUUUACAGACUGGAAGUCAUGAGAAUAGAGUUGUUCUCUGUGUAUGGUGUUCAGUCCCCAAUAAAUAUACAAGAUUUUAGAGACGCUGAACCUGAUAUUCUUGUACAUUCGAUUCCCGAUAUCAUUGCACAUUUCGGGGACAAUACAAUGGAUUGUAAUGUCGCACUUCGAUCUCUAUGCAAAAAGAACGGAUUUCACGUUGAGGAAGCAAAUAUAAUUGGUGUUGAUAGUCUUGGCAUGGAUGUUAGACUUUUCACUGGGCAUGAAGUUCGAACUCAUCGUUUCCCCUUCAAGAUUCGGGCAACAUCGGAAACAGCUGCAGAAAAACAGAUUCAACAGCUUUUGUUUCCCAGAGCAAGGCGCAAACGGCUAACCAGGACUCGGGCUGAUGCAACUAGGCAAAUGGAAUGAAAGAUCAGGGAAAAAGUGCCUGCUGAAAUUUCAGCAGUGUGGUUUACGAUAGAUCCAGAAUAAAGAAAUGAAUAGUACCAAAUGUUCUUUCCCUUGUGAAUUUGAGUUUUACUUGAAUAAAAUGUAGCUUAUAGGCUGACUCGAGUUUGUUGAUCUAUGCUAAGUUAUCGCAAUAAAAAGCAAGAUUUUUUUUUCUUUUUAAAAA